AUGUGGCGCAGGCUUUACCUGGCGCUUGUGCUUGUUAGGCUGUACUUCGCGCUAAGUCCUAGCUACAUACACCCUGACGAACACUUCCAAGGGCCGGAAGUCAUUGCUGGCGAAGUGUUUGGAUAUCCCAUCUACAAGACUUGGGAAUUCACAUCAUCCUAUCCCAUCCGAAGCAUCUUUCCAUUCUGGCUCGUGUACGGCUGGCCUUUGACUGUUCUGAAAUGGAUCUACGAAGGAUUUGACUAUGGCUCUGUGCCACCUGCAACGGCCUUCUAUACUCUCCGCAUACUGAUGUUCCUGCUGAGCUUUGUCCUUGGUGACUGGGCCAUCCAUGAACUAGUGCAUUCGGUCAAGGAACGCCGAUGGGCGAUUAUGCUGGUUGCAUCGUCCUAUGUGACUUGGGCGUACCAGACGCAUACAUUCUCCAACAGCAUUGAGACUCUGGUAGUGCUAUGGUCACUGGUCCUGAUCGGGAGGCUCCGAGACAACACCCUCGAUACGCAGUCGAUGGCAUGCGCAGUGUUGGCAUUUUUGGCUGUUCUUGGUGUCUUCAAUCGCAUCACAUUUCCUGCCUUCCUGCUGCUUCCCUUGCUGCAGCUUCUGCCAGGACUAUACAAGAAGCCACUACGUGUGCUAGUCAUGCUGAUUGCAGGCCUUCUGACGCUUACAAUUGCCGUGACCAUGGACACCGAAUUCUACCAAGGCUACCGUCCACACCUCAGAGACAUACACCGGACUGCAGUCAUCACUCCGUGGAACAACUUCGCUUACAACACGGAUAAGGCCAACCUAGCACAACAUGGCCUUCAUCCUUUCUGGCAGCACUUCGUAGCCAACCUCCCUCAACUCAUUGGACCAGCUUUCCCUCUGGUAUUCUUCUCCUCUUACCGCAACAUCCUGUUCUGGUCGGCAAUCAUCGGGACCGCAGCCCUAUCUUGCUUUCCGCACCAAGAAGCACGAUUCCUGCUCCCAGCCGUACCCCUCCUACUCUCCAGUAUCAAGGUUCCAAAGCAGGCUCUUCGCGUCUGGGCAGGAGUCUGGAUCUUCUUCAACGUCCUUGCAGGCAUUCUAUUUGGCAUCUACCACCAAGGCGGAGCCGUGCCGGCGCAGGUCUGGGUCGCGCAGCAAGAAAGUGUCGCCCAAGUCUUCUGGUGGAAGACCUACAGCCCGCCAAGGUGGCUGCUCGAUGGCAGGAAUGACGACGUAACGACCACAGACUUGAUGGGCAUGCCAGGGGCAGAAAUGAUGGGACAGGUGAAACAGAAUGCCCAAUGCGCUUCCUCAAGUACCACGACAUUGCUUGUUGCACCGUUGAGCGCGACAUUCCUGGAUGCAUACUCAGGCCCGGCGAAGACUGACGGAGAUAUUGAUCUUGUGCUACUCUGGAAUUACACGAGGCAUAUUGGUCUAGACGACCUCGACUUUGGCGAUGAUGGAGUCUGGCCGACAUUACAGCGAGUGGUUGAUAGGCGAGGACUCGGAGUUUGGCAAGCGACACGGAAGUGCUAG